AUGGAAGCAAUCAAGCGUUUCAUCAAAGCACAUCAGCUGCUUGGAGCCAAUCUUGGUGAGCAAUCUAGGCGUUUUCCACUUUGUUCCUAUUCACACCUCACUGCAUCCAAUUCGUAUGCGUACGCUGUUGAUCUUGAUAGACCUGUUUCCUUGACUGUGUUUACCUGCAUGAAGAAAGCCGGUUACAGUACAGCAAUUAUAAGAGCUUAUGAUCCCUCAGGAUCUGGAAGGUUUGAUGUCAACGCUGUAAGCAACAUUCGCAAUGCUAAUCAAGCUGGUCUCGGAACUGAAGUUUUCAUGACACCAUCACCUCGCUCAAGCAAAAAAGGCAGCCAACAAUUCAAAGAGCUCUAUGAAGGGCUUAAAAAUGGCAAAAUCAAUGUGAAAACAGUGUGGUUGCAGGUCACUUCUCCUAUCAACUGGGGCUCGAACAGCAAAGAGAACAUUUACUUUUUGAACGACAUCAUAACCAUGGCUAAU